AUGAGGGCCAUUUCGUUAGUCAAGAGGAUAGAAUUUGAUUUUACAGGAAAUGUAGCUAGAAAUGCUUUGACUUUGGGGGAUAUAGACAAUGAUGGGUGUAAUGAGUUGAUUGUGGGGAAUCAAACAGGAGAUGUAACUAUUUUUAAGGGUCAAGAAAAAAUUCAAACCAUUUCAAAAUUAAAUUUUAUAACAUGUUUGGCAGUGGGUGAUAUUAUGAAUAAAAAUAAAAACGUUCUGAUUAUUAUUACCGCUGAUGGUUGGUGUUACUUGUAUGCUAAUCCUGAAAAUAAUCAAAGCGACAGUAGCCAGAAAGAUAUUGAUGAAGGGGUAGAAGAGGUUGACGGCCAAACGCAAUCUUCUUCUAUUUCAGGCAGCAAUGAAACUUUACCUAUUGAUAUAGUUCUUCCUGUUACUAGUAAAAAAGAUAAAACGCAAUUAGUUUGUGUUCACAUGCAACGAAUUCCUGCUAAUUCAAAGAACAUUGUCUUGGGAGACUUAGAUGGAGAUGGUAACAUAGAGAUGGUUCUAGGCCUUACUGAUCGUGUUGUUCGUUCUUACAAAUGGAUAGGUAAUCCUGAUAAAUCUGCAGUGGAUAUAACUGAUUCCGGUCUUCAAUUUGAUCCAUCAGACAAGCUUUUAGGAAAGUUUGUUGCUAUAAAUAAAUGGGAAUGUGCAAAUCAAAUAGGUUCAAUAACAAUUCAUCAUGCCGCCGAUGGUAAACCUUCAAUAUUGAUUGCUCAACCAGGGGGUACUUUUAUGCGAAUAAAAUGUCAGACUGAUUAUUUAACUGGGGAGGAAUGUAUUGAAAGUUCGCUUCGAAGCAGUUCUAGCAGUUCCACUGGAGAAAAUAUCUCUGGUACUGUGGACUAUCAGUUUUUAGGAAUGGCCAGAAUGAGAAAUCAGAACAUUUCCACUGAAAUUCUUGGAGAUAUUCGUUGUUCCAUGAACGAUAGUGGCGUGAGUUUCGACAAAAUCUCUACCACCUCGCAGAGAAGUUCCAGUUCAACUACAAAAGGGAAACCGUAUGCGCUAGCCACACUCGAUGGUACAAUUCUGUUAGUCCAGGACGAGAUUAUUUUGUGGUCAAUUGCAGUGGACCAUCAAAUUUUUGCUCUCACCAAAAUGGAUGUAACCGGAAAUGGUUCAGAUGAUAUUGUUGCUUGUUCCUGGGAUGGAGAAACCUACAUUAUGGAUCAGGAAAAGAACUGUGUUAGAUUUCAUUUGGACGAGGCUGUACAAGCUUUCCAUAGUGGUUAUUAUAAUUUAAAACCCAACGAACCUGAUACUCAGUGCCUGAUUUAUGUUACUUUCAAAAAUACAAUUAUCAUUUACUAUGAUCUAGCUCUCAAGGAACUUACCUGCAAGAAAUUCGAGCCAGAUUUACUUAAAUUAAGUGAACUUUUUAUAAAUGACGAUAGAACGCCCGAAGAAUCCGUGGAGUAUGUUAAAAAUUUAGAUAAAAAAUCAAAAAGAGAACUCGUCGAGUAUCUAUUGUACAAUUCUUGA